GCCAAACGGAAAAUGGCGGGGAAAGCCAAAGCAGUGGCGAUGGCGGUAGAGGAGGAGCGAAGAAAAGCAAGGGAGGAGGCGAGAGACUUCGCAAGACAAACUAUGCAGAAUCUGGACAUCGGCGGCAUCAAAGUGGAUGCUACGUAUGAAGAACAUCUGCGGUCACUGUGCCGGAAUGUUAUCUCGUGGGUUGACAGUAGGGAAGGAGGCAUGGGAACGAUAGAAGAGUUUGUCAAGAGGCUGGGAGAGAUGAAAGGUCUGCUGGAACUCGCCAAGUCGGAGGAGCGAGCCAAAGAGCGCGAGCCUCCUCUUCCUCUCAACGUCUUCGAUGGGGAGGAGAUCAUAGUCACGGGGCCAGACUUGCAGCUGACAGCCGCCAUCAAGAACGGGAGCAUGCCCGAGCUUCACCGCCUCCUCCAGCUCCAACACGGACGCGCCAUAGUCAACAGCCAAGACGCCAGGGGUUGGACAGCUCUCCAUCAUGCGGUGGCUUCUAGCGAGUACGACAUGGCGAAACUCCUAAUCAGGAGUGCGGCAGACGUCAACGUGCAGGACCGGGAGGGCUGGACGCCCCUGCAUCUCGCAUGCGCGCACGACUGCCAGGAUGCCAUCGCCCUGCUCCUCUCCUCCGGUGCUCAGAUGGACGCGCACUCCAAGGAGCUAAUGUGGACGCCGCUGCACUUGAGCGCGUCCAACGGGAACGUCGAAGCCGCCCGGCUCCUCCUCCGAGCGGCAGCAGACGUCAACAUCACAGCGUCCAAUGGAUGGAGCCCCUUGCACUUGGCAGCCAUGCAAGGCCACACAGAGCUGGCGGUCUCGCUCAUGAUGGGAGCAGAAGAGGGCGUGGAGAACCUAGCAGAUGGAGGGAUGACGUUGGAGUACUUCACUGGAGAUGGCAAAACCUUGGGAUCAGGCUUUGAUGCUGGUCAAACCGCCAGCUGCUACAAGAAUGCGCGCACUCAUGCUCAGAUGGCGGCAGCUCAGCUGCGGGUAGAUGACAGGAAAAAGAAAUUGGCGGCGGCGGCUGCUGCUGCUGCUGCGGCGGCGUCGAAAGGAAAGGGGAAAGGAAGAGGCAAAGAGAAGCCAAGACGAUGA